AUGGGUCUUGGCGGUCUAUUUCAUUGGAACUCGACAUUCAGGUGUCCUACUUGCUUAGGUACUGGUUCAUCUGGAAAAGUGGAUCCUGACACUCAAGAGAAGAUCGACCAUUCUACAAUUGGGAAUUCUAAAGCCAAAAACCCAAAGGUCGAAAUGAAGAGCUUCUCUGGUAUGGCUGCAGAACCGAGUCUUGACAUUGAUCCAACUAAAGUUCCACCAGACACGUUAUACAUGUUCAUGUCCAUUAUUAAGACUAUAAAGAAAUAUUGGAAACAACUUCAUUGCUUAAUAUCUUGCAUGAUAUCUGAUGAACCUGUCAAAGAAUAUCAAUGGAGAUAUAUGUCAUCACAAUUUGGUUCCAAUUUAAUUCUCGCUGAUAUUAAGAUAUCGACUUAUAUGCAUAUUUUCAUUGUACAUGUUGGAUUGUUUUUGGAGAGAUAUGGCAACUUGGAGUAUCUCCACAAACCACAACAACAAGAGCAACAACAAGAACAACAAAAACAUGAACAACAACAAGAGCAACAAGAACAACAAAAACAGCAUCUAUCCAACAGAUUUCAACUAGUAUCUGUAUUGUAUGGUGUUGACGAAAAUAUAGAUAGUGCUUAUUAUUCUUGGUGGGAUGGUCACAUUAUAGAUUAUAAUAAGAAAGAUAAUACAUAUAGAGUUGCAUUCAAAGAUGAAGUAAUUGCUAACUAUUACAGUGUUGAUUAUAUUACAAGACAAAGUGCAACAGAAAGUAUUUCGUAUGAUAGAUUGGUAGAAGGUAGAUAUAAAAACAAAAAAACUCUAACAAUUAGACUAUUAAAAACUAAUGAAAUAAUUGAAAAUGUGAAUCCUGAUGCUUGUUAUGAGUUCUUUAUCGAAAAUUAUCAAGUCAAAGCAUUUUUUCCUUGA